AGUCUGUGCUUUGUGAAGAAAGUUUUCAUUCAUGCUGGUCUCUGAGCUCUCUUUGAGAAAAGGACCAAUGUUGCUUUGUUAAUGUGGAACUAAGGGAGGUGAUUCUUGGAGCAUGGAGCUGUGCGCUGUUCUCCUCUGGGCUCUUGUUGCUGGAGUUUACAGCAGUGCACCAGAAAAUGUAGCUGAUUUGGGACCUUGUAUGUCAGAAUGUCCAGGUACCGGUCAGCUGACAUUUCAGAAGGGAUACAGCUAUACCUACAGUUAUUCUACAGUCACUGAAACAUUUUUACAAGGAACUUCAUCGGACAAGAGUCUUCUGACUUUAGAAUGCUUGGUUAGGAUAGAAGUCAUGGGGAAAUGUCAUAUGCUUUUAAAGAUCCAGAAUUCUCACCUGAAGGCAAAUGUGACAUCAAAGCAAGGUUCAGAGAAGGAGUUUGAUGAGUUAAGGAACAUUCUAGAAAUGCAUCCCCUGCAAUUUUCAUAUCAUGAUGGGAAAAUACAAAAGAUUUGUCCAGUGCUAGAUGAAAAGACAUGGGCUCUCAAUGUCAAGAGAGGGAUUCUGAGUGUCCUGCAGGGUAACCUUAAAACACCUUCAGCUGGACGGAGCAUUGAAGAGGUUGAUGUUUUAGGAAAAUGUCUGACAACAUAUGAGUUCAGAGGGCGAUCUGUCUGGAAGAAAAAGGAUUUGACUCAGUGUUCAAACAGGAUAUUAGGAUCCACAUAUCUGAGAUCAGUCCCUCUUCCUGAUAAAACUCAAAUUCUUGACUCCAACCUGGAAUGUAUACAAAAUUUUAAAGAUGGUGUCUUAGCAGAAGCCACUUGCACUGAAUCUCAUCUAGUCACACUGUUUUCCCGAGGAGGAAAUGGUGCUAAAACAAACACUAAAACUCUUCUUAAACUGAAGAAAACAGAAUUAGAUGCUAUUUUGAAUAAAGAGCUUCCUGGAAGAGUUUAUGUGGCCAAUCUGAUGUAUGAAAAGGAAACAAGCGCUGCAAAACCAGGAGGAGAAGAUGCAGCUGAAACAGUCAGAAACCUCUGCCAGUCCUCACAUAUGAACUAUGAGACCACAGAUCUGUUCAUGAGUUUGGUAUUUGAGCUGAGACUCCUGUCUUUUGAAGCAUUGUCUGAUGUUUGGCAAAGGUCAUCAUUUAAAUGCAGAGAUAACUGGCAACCCCUUCUGGAUGCUCUGCCAUCCUGUGGAACUGAAGCCUGUGUUGGUUUAAUGAAAGAAAUUCUGCUUUCAAAGGAGUUAGAAGAUGAGAAAAUGGAAUCGUAUCUCUGGUUACUGGCCUUCAUACCAGAACCAACGUCCAGGAUGAUAGGCUUUCUUACUCCAUUGCUGCAAGACCCACGAGCGGGGCUAAGUGUAUACCUAGCCAUCACCUCCAUGGUACAUCACUUCUGCUUGAUCAAUGGAGGGUGUCAUGAGGUUCUGGAAGUAAAAAAUGUAAUGAAUAUCUUGCAAGAACGCCUGGGAAACAACUGUUCUGCACAAGAGCCCGAGGAAUUACAUCAGGUGCAGGGUUUUUUAAAAGCUAUUGGAAAUGCUGGAGUGGCUGGAAGUUCCCUGAUACCUGCACUUAGAUGGUGUGCACUCUUAAAAACCAACCCUGACAGCACUAGACUGGCCGCUGUGGAUGCAUUCAGGAGGAUUCCCUGCUCCGCUAAUAGAUACAUAUUGUAUCAGCUGUAUCAGGACCUAGAGGAGACAGAAGAAAUACGGAUUGCAGCAUAUUAUACUGCUAUGAAAUGUCCAAGCCAGGAACUAUCACAUUUAGUGCGGCAAACACUCCGACAUGAGACGUCAACGCAAGUGGGGUCUUUUGUAUGGAGUCACCUGUCACAACUCCUCGAAUCUGACGAUCCGCUAAAACAAGCCAUUGCAGAUAUCCUCCCUGACGACAUUCUAACCAAGGAUUUUGAGGGCGAAUCAUGGAAAUACUCCACAUAUUCAGAUGCUACAGUUCAUUCAGAAUCUGUUGGUGCUAAUAUGGAGGGUUCAUUGAUUUUUACACCAUCCUCCUUCAUUCCACGUUCUGCAAUGGCCAACUUGACAAUACAUACGUUGGGGCGGGCAGUGAAUAUAAUGGAGUUUGGAAUUCGCCUAGAAAAUGCAGAAGACCUUCUCAAGUCAAUGUUGGGUCAUCAUUCUUCAACAUUAAAUGAAAUUCUUGUUGGGAAAGAAGAAGACAAGCAGUAUGGUUCUGAACCACCCAUGGAGACAGUAACAUCACCUACUGAUAAGAAGCCUACAUCUAAGAGGUACAACCCUGGGGAACUGCCCGAAAAAAAGGUUGAUCAACAAAAAGUCAAGAAAUCCAAGCACAGCUGUCCAAGUGGAAAGUAUAACAAACUCAAUGACUUACAGCAGAAGUUUACCCAAGGAAUGACUGACAAGAAAGAGCUUCGAUGUGGGCUAAGUAUGAAGGUCUUCGGGAAUGAGCUCAUCUUCCUGGAUUGCGAGGAAGUAAGAAAUACUGUGAAACAAUACUCUUUGAGCCUGGCUGGACUGACAGUAAAACUCCUUAAGGGACAAGAAGUGCAAUACAACAGAAGGUUCACCUUGUCAGUGGACAGUGUUAUGUUUCCCGCUAUUUCCGGGUUUCCAGUUCAGCUUGCCAUCAAUGCCUCAGCCUCAACCAGCAUCAAGAUCAGAGGAAAUAUGGACUUCAAGCAGCAAAAUAAUUUUUUCAUAAAUGGAUAUGUUAAACCAAGCGCUUCCCUCCAGCUCUCUGCCCAUAUGGGAAUAACCGGAGCAAUAGGAAAAAUUGGCCUAAAAUGGGUAACUGGUGCAAAGACGAUGACCAGCUUAGACGGUGGCCUUCACAUGAAGCGUGGGCAGGAUCUCAAGGUGUUUCUGAAUACACAUGAAGAAUCUAUGGAAAUACUAGAUUACAGUUCCCAGUUGUACCUUAUGACAGAUGAUGUUCUGGAAAAAAUCAAAAGUCCCAGAGGUCAGGCUGAAAGAAAAUCCUGCAUGAAUGAGGAAGCAUCUAAGCUGGUGGGCUGGCAGCCUUGUUUGGAACUGUCUUUCCCUGACGGGGAGUAUCUAUUGCCGUUCCCUUUAUCUGGACCAGGAACAGCAUCACUCAUAUUAAAAAAGCAUGACAAGGGGCUGCACCAAUAUCUCCUUGAAGCUUCCUAUAACCAGGUGUCUCAGAAUGAUGGUUGGUUGCCGAAUGAAUCCACUUUGCACUUUUUCCUGGGAACUCCAAAAUCUGAGAUUAAAAGGGAUGUUGGUAUUGACCUAUAUUAUAACAUACCGCUUAGGAAAUUCAGGUUGAAGCUUUUACAUCCAAAAAAGAAGGUUCAGUUGGAUGGACGCAUUGACUCAUCAAGAAAUUCAAGAAAUGGACAUUUAGAGUUAAUAUUGGAUGACAGAGAGAUCUAUUACAUUAAGGGAAUGACAGAUUUGCAGACAGUGGGUGGAGAACAGCGAUAUUCUGCUUUGGCAGAACUAAAGUUAAGCAAGAAUGGCAGCCCCAUCAUACUCUCAGGAAACAUCACUAAACAACUUGGGAAGAAGAUGGCAUUUUCUGCAUCGCUGAAUAACUUAUUCAAGGAAACAGCCUUUGUAACAGUUUUAGUUGACAAGAAAUCUGAUGAAAAAAUGAAACAAUACUCACUAGAGAGUGAAGCGUAUGUUCCAGGAGUAUUUGGGUCAUAUGGUAUUGGACUUCUGCAACACCGUGGAAGUAUAUGGUCAAAUGCCAUGAGAGUCAAGUAUGGACUUUUAGGUGAUGCCAAAUUUCUCCGCCAUGAAUGUGAUACAGGCCAAAAAAUUAAAAUUGACACUGAUUCCGAAGAACAGUACAAAGUUGACUUUGAGCAUGAAUUUCACUGUACACAAAUUCAAACUUUAAACCACAAGGUACAUUUACAUCAUGAAGAGUAUGCCCCUCACAUACAUUCAUACCUGGAGGUGAGCUAUGGGAAACACUGGGAUGAAUUGAACAACAAAAAGAAACUGUUUAUCAGUCAGACAUUCAAGAAUAACUCAAAUCCUUCAUCAUCCAGCUACUUCAUGGAGUUCACCCUACAAGUUGCAGAGAAACAAGUGAACUAUAGGACACAACUUCUGCAUACUCAUUCAGCGCUGGAGAGCAAUACCAAUUUCAAAGUACAGUACAAUGACCGAAUGCCAUUUGUUGCAGGACUACAGUGGAAGGAUACAUCUAAGAAUGAACUAUAUAAAUGGGAAGGGGCAUUCACUAUGGACACGCCAUGGUUGUAUCUCUACUCAGCAUUCAAACUCCAUCAGCCUCAGCGCUAUGUCUACCAGACCAUAAUCGAAUUGUCGGCUGGAAAAGCUCUGUCUGUCAAGAACCUAGUGCUGGAUAUGUUCUACAAAGACACAGGAAGUGAGAAAGAGGGGAGAAUUCAUAUACACACACCUACGGUUACUUAUCUAAGAGCUUCCUCUGUAAAUUUUAUUGGGGGAAAUGCCUUCCGAAGUUAUAGUGAAAUGGUUUCGCUGUGGAAUCAGCUUAUAAAGAGCGAGAUCCACCUAGAAAACAGCGAGAAAAUGAAGAUCAUUUCAUUCAAGAUCAAGGGAUCAAAGCAAGAGUUUAAUGUGACAGUGGAUUACUGGAUCACAGAUCUGCUAAAGAAGUCAAAUUUUCUUAUUAAAUCAGUGUGGGUUGGCCAGAGGAACCCCCCUCUAGUUUUACAGCUGAAUGGACAAAUAGAAGAUGUGAAAAAAGAAGUUUUGUUCUAUCAGAAACGUGGGCUGAUACAUUUUAGGCAUGCAUUUAAACUUCCUGUCCCACAGAGUGUCCUUCUCCAGGAAACCUUCACAGUAGAUAAAAGAAAAAAACAUUACAUAUUGGAAACCAAGCUGGUUCUUGACCAGGUUGAUGAAUGCAUACAGACCGUUGUACUUGGGUACGAAAGUGACAGUCCUUACGUGUGCGCUACCCUUAAACAUCCUUUUAAGAAAUCCCUUCAAACUGUACCUAGCAACAUUGAAGCUUGUGCUUCAACACGAAGAUAUAACUCUGGCAAACAUGAAGUUGAAGCUAUUAUCAAAGUUAACAGGAAAGAUAUCUUUGGUCUCACAGGAAAGUUUGAGAACAAAUCUACCAGGAAAGAAUUACUGCAAGCUGUCCAAAUUGAUAUGACUCAUGGUUUCCAGUUGAGGUUUCCCCGCAGUUUGAGGUUUGAUGGGGAGGUUUUCUCAAGGGAAAAUAGGCAAGAUGGAUUUGAUCAUGGACUGCGUGGAAAAGUAAUAAUCAAUGCCAACAAUACAUUACAGCUGCACGUUCAGUGUAACAAAUCACUCAGUCAAAUUGGUUUUUACUCUCAUCUUUCCCAUCCAUAUCAGUGGAGAAUUCCUCAGAAUUUUACGAUUCAAGCUUUCGGAAAGAAAUAUGGUGGAAGUAGUACGAAUGGAAGCUUCAUUCUACACUAUGAUGGGAAAGACAUGGUAUUAGUUGAAGUUGAUUUAAACCAUGAAAACCGGAAAAAUACCAGAACACUUGGUGUAAGCGUGUCCAUGCAGCAGGUGUUAACCGCUGAUCUGCCGACAGCCGGCUUAAAGAUCAUGAGCAAAUUCCAACCAUCCAGAAUGUCUUUAACAUCCAAGUUUCACUUCAAUGAAAAAUCUUUGCUAAUUGAUUUAUCGGGAUUAAAAGAGCAGAAAGUGGGUCUUGUGUUGUCAUUCGUUGGGAAUCUGGUGCACAACUUUGAAGGUUUGGCUACUGUUCCACAACAGCUUUCCAUUGAUGGCGCUUUAAAGCAAAAAAAGAACAUUAAUGAAGGUUACAUCAGUUUUGCAAAGAAUCGAAAUUUGUACCAAAUCAAUAUGCGGAACAGAAAUAUUUUUAUGAAUGGUAGCCUUCAUAAUAUUAGUAUAAGUUUCUCCCAAAAUGGAAGCCAUGCCCUGCCUGCAGAAACUAAGCUCAGAGCAAACAUACACCUGGAGAAGCUGCAUGCACGUGGACAGGUCUGCAUCCAGGUUGAUGCAAAACUCUUGUGUGUGGAUUUGGUAAAUGCAGCUCACCAAGAGCACCGUAUUAAAGGAAUAUUGUCGCACAACAUAAUGUCAUUGCAGAGUUCAGGAAUUCCAGCAGAGUGUGCUCUUGAACUGACUUAUAACAACACAAACAACAACAAGACGUGUGGUAUGGUACUGGGCACUGGACCAAGUAGGAUUGAUGUAUCUAUGGGCAUAGAGAAAUCAGCAGUACACACCAAACUCGGAAUGAGCUUGAAGCACAAUAUUGAAAAGCUUAAAAAUCAUAAAAUCCCCUACAUUGUGAAUGGUGUCUGCCACUAUCAGAGUGCAAACAAAAAACUUUCUACUGCAGUCAACAUUUCGGUUGAAGGUGAAGACCUUAAAAUUGGAGUUCAGAAGAAAACUGCAGGAAGUACGUCCGACAUCGGCUUCGUUCUCCAAAAUGACCUCAGCUCAAUAAAUAACUUAAUACCAUCAAGCAUAAAGGCCAUUUGCAAUGGGGAAUUCACUUCCAAUUUAUUUUAUGGACAUUGUCAUGGGGAGCUUAUACGAAAAGUCAUAGAGAUUUCAGCUCCUGUCAAAGCUACAUUCAAUGGCUCACUCUUGACCACCAGCUACAAGACCAACAUAUUCGGACUAGCCUCUUCAGGUGACACAUUUGCACGCCUAAAUAUGAACACUGAAUGGGGCCUGCACAACACUAUUGAGAUAGGAUUUAAACAUGCCCUACCUCAACUCCAAAGCCUUGGGAUAGCCAAGGACAGCAAGAUGAGGAUUGUGGCUAUCAGACAGGGAAAAAAUGCCGCAUUGCUCGAUGUGACAGCUGGAAAAUGUGUCUUCAAAGCCACUUGUGAAGUACGAACUGGUAACAAUGGAAGCGUAGUAUCAAGUCUAAACUGGACAAGCUCACUACUAAAUUCAUGCAGCCUUCUAGAGAAGUUAUAUUUACCAAAGAACUUGACUAUGAGCGGCUCCUUAGAGAGAACUCACUGUGACUUUGGCCUCUCGAUGAGGGUUGACUAUGAAGGAAAGGAUGUCAAGAUGCAGCUGAAAACACUAUGUGAUCCUUACACCAUACACGGAACAGUGAAUCAUUCUGUACCUUCCCUAACCACCCUUGGGUUGCCAUUUGCAAACCAUAUUGAGCUUUCUACAUUGACUGGGUCAUCUGUUGGUGGCUUGGUCUUGUUUCAUUCGGGGAAUUGUAUCAUUAAUGCAAAGGCAGACAUUAAAUCUAACAAUAAGACCGAAUGGAUAUUACAAGCAGAAAAUGACUGCAAAUUGUUGAAGGAUCUCAAUAUCCUGUCUCAGGCUCGGAUUAAUGGCUCUGCCGUUAUUAAUGGUUGUGAAGCAGAGAUGCUCUGUGCCCUUACAUUAGAUGGCAACACAUCUACGCUUCAAAUGAGGACUGAGUGCCAGCCAAAGCUAAAAGCGGAAUUUAUAUUCAGACAUAACCUGCCCGUGUUAAAAGAAAUCAGCGAGGAAAGCAAACUGUCCAUCACUGUGGGCAAACAGACAAAUUACAACGUGGACAUUUUACUGAAGUCUGGAACUUGUUCCAUUGAAGUAAAAGGAGAUAUUAAUGCUGACAACAAAUUGCAAUGGAAGAUGGUUGCAGAGAACAAGUGCAAAACUAUCCAGGACCUUGGAGCCCCCAUUAAAAUAGAAGGUUCUGGAUACAUUGUAAUAAAUAAGAAAGCAAAUCUGGACUCCCAAAUGUUAGUGGUGGUUGAUGAAAGCACCCUGCAAGGAUUACUCAUCCUCAAAGCAACAGAGAAAAAACAAGAGCUGGAUGUGAUUCUCACCCAUAAUGUCCAGCCUGCAAUAACUCUUGGUAUACCCACAAGGACCAUGGUAGAUGUGACAACGGAAAGAAGCAGUGAACUAUACAAAAGGUCAAUUCACCUUAGCUGGGACAAUAAACAGCUUAGUGAAGAAGUGAACUUUCUUCAGAAGGAUGAUCACAUAACGUUUGUUUACAAGAUAACACAUAAUCUGGAAACUCUGAAAAAGUUGCUGCUUGAAGAGAAAAUGGAAAUUCGGGCUGACAUAGAACUUGAAGAAAAUAGAAAUAUGAGCCUGGCCACUUACUAUGGACCUCACUUCAUGAAUACCACAGUGCGAAUAAAGAGCAAUGAGACCAGCUGUAACCUGACCGCAACCAUCCAGCAAAACUGGCCUUGGUUACUCCGCAAUGGCAUUUCUGCUUCAAUACAGAGCUCAAUGGAUAUACAAGCAAUUAAUGGAAAACAGGAAGUGUCUGUGGAGGCCGCAACAACACAUAAUGCCUUUAUGUGCACCAUGUCUUCUCUGUCCACAGCAAAGAGCCACAAGGUCCUCCUCAAAAGUGGCCACAACAUCGACUCGUUUUUGAAAUUUGGAUAUCCUAAAGUGAUCCACGUGACUGGAAUAUUGGCAAAAGAAGGAGAUAAAGUAAAUGGUACAUUGGAUUUGGAAUCUGACAAGAAAAAAUUAAGGAUUGAUAUAAAGUCCUUCGUGGAUCAAAGUCACAACAUUGGCGUCGCUGCAGGAGUGAAGCAUUCAAUGCCCUCACUGGUUGCCUGGUCAAUACCAAACUCAAUGCAGGUGCUGAUGCAAGCAGUUUCAACUAGUGCAGAUAUUGGUGGAGUUUUGAUGCUUAGCUGCGAUAAGGGCAGCAACAUUUCCUUCUCUGCUAAUGUUAGAUCCAAGCAGCAGAGAGAGGAGCUUAUUGUGAGAGCAACACACAGUGUAGCGGCCCUGCGAUCCUACAUCCCAAGCUCCAGCACCUUCAUCACAGGGGUCAUGUACUCUACUAAUGAAGCAGAAGGAAAGCUGUAUGUCAAGAUGGAAGAAAAAGAAUUGAAUUUCUCAUCAAAGAUACUUUUUACUGAAAACACAUGUUUAAACAUUCUAUAUCUCAAGCAUUCCCUAGCACAGUUGAAGAACCUUCCAGCACUAAUAGAAGUGAGGACGUUUACUGAAAAAAAACACAGAAAAGUUGCUUUUGAACAUAAAACCCUUUGGGGCAGAAAAGAAUUGGAACUGGCCACAUCCUACACUGGACAGUUUCCAAAGUUAUCUGGAGGUCAUGAGAUAACAGGUGAAUUUUCUCAGUCUUUUGUCCCAGUAGCUCUGCGUCACGCUAAUGUCAGUAUUAAUAUAGAACAUUCAGAGCACAACCAUCAAGAUCAUAUUGCUUUUGGUUGGAACAUUAAAAAUCAGGUCAACCUCUCCUCUUCUCUGAAGAUCGGGAGGGAACGUCUGUACUACAAGGCAAUCUUCUUACAUCCUUUUAAUUUUGCUGUAAAAGAAAUAGCACUGGGUUCUAUGUCGGAAUGGAAAAACACCCAAUAUCAUCAAAAGACAUACCUUGCUUGGAAUAAAGGGCUUCCAGUCAAUGUCACAAUCAUUUUAGAGGACACCGUUUCUAAUAUCUCCAGUGUAUGGAAUGCCUGUGUGGACAUUUUACCAGGUCAGAUGCAACACAUCAUCAAAGACCUUCACAUAUGUGGCAAUUUGGAGAAAACAUCAAACCUGUUACAGGAGAAUGUGAACUUGAAGUGGAAUGACAAAACUCUUGUGCAAAGUCUACUGUAUAAGAGAGAUAGCAAAUUGGAACCUGACAGUCUCCAGCUAGAAGCCACAUUUGAAAACAUCUUUGUACUUGGCUGUAGCAAACAACAUAUUUUAACUAAAAUAGACACGAAUUACAUGGACACCAUGAACCACAUCCUGAAGCUGGAACUUUGUGAUCUCCCACAUCCGAUUGUUUUGUCUGGAAGCCAUUGUCUCGGCAAGGAAGAAUUCCUACAAUCAAAGACUCAGCUACGCGUAUCUCCAGACGAGAAGGAUGAUGCCAUAUUGGCUUUGGCCUUGUUUAACCAUGGGGAAAGUGAAAUACAGAAUUAUUCAAUGAACUUAGAGUUAAAAGCAUCAGCUGCUGUUCAGCUUGGUUUCAAUGGAAAAUACAUGUCAUCUCCUGCCAUCCGGCAGUUCUUCAUGGAGGGGAAGGCUCAUGACAAUGACAAAUGGACCAUAAGUGCUUCGAGUGAGCAGAGAUGUUUUAAGCUGAAAUUUGGACACGUGCCAGGAAGUUCUGAGGAAAAAGGACUACAGCUCAGAGCCUGCAUGGAUUCAAAGCAUUUAGCUACAGUGGAUACUUAUGUGAAUAAUAACAGAUCGCAAGAGAGAUUAGGACAUUUUGUCCUUUCUACAGUAAACCAGAGUCUGAGUUUAUCUUACCAAGGAUGUGGAGAAAAUGUUGCCAAAGUCGAGAAUAUACUGGGAAACCUUGCAUCCAGCCUUAAAAUAAGACUUGUGGAAAUGAAUAAAAAAUUUGAAGUUUAUGUUAUAGGAAUUCAGAAAACUAUGCAGAAAUAUAAUUUUCUCCGUGAAACAGCCGGUUGGCCUCUGGCAUUGUCCCAGGAGAUAGCUGAUGUCCUACAGUAUGGACCAAAAGCAUUUCACCAGAUGUGGAAGCAGAGCAGCUUAAGACAAAUGCUUAGACAUGACCUUCCUUUAUACUUAGAAAAAGUCAACAACUUGGUUCAGCAAAUGCAAGCUGAACUGCAAAGGCCUCUUUCUACUUUAAAAGAUGCCUAUUACGAUGCAACCUUAAAACCACUGGAUGAUGUUUGGAAGGAAAAGACGAACACGAGCCUACACCAAAUCAAUGCAUAUCUCCCAAGUAUUGUCAAGGAUGAAUGGUUAAUGGAGCCUAUCAGACAUAUUUUACAUGGCAUAAAGACUAGUGUAGAUUUGGGCAUCCAUCAGAUUCUGAAGUGGACAGAGAACAAGCUUUCCAGGGCAGUAAGUCGGAUUCGGAAACCUCUGACAGGACUGUUCCAUUAUUCCAGUAACUGCUCUGUCACACUGAGUUUCCCUGUGCUACCAAUGGACUACCACCUUACAGACCUGGCAAAUAUCACUCACUACAUCAUUGAGGAGAAGCUGAUGAAACCACUACGAGAGCUCUACAGCGUGAAUCCUGUAGCAGAGUAUUACCGAUUUAAACGAAGAAUGAUGGAAAGCCCAUUCGAGUAUCACGCCAUCUUGAUUGGAAACAAGCACAUUGUGACCUUUGAUGGAAACAUUGUUGACUUGUCUUCAAAAUGUAGCCUCCUAUUGGCUAAGGAUUUCCUGUACAAUACAUUUACCAUAGUACUAAACCAAGGUACUGGUGGGCAGAGAUCAUUACACAUAGAAAUGAAUCAGGUCGCCAUUGACAUUUUUCCUGGACUAAAGAUAGAAGAGAACUGCCAGAGCCUUGAUCUUCCUACAUUCAAGAAUGGAAUAUCAAUAAAGAAACAUGUUAACAAAAUUGAGGUGUCAAAUCAAGAUGGAAUAACUGUACAAUGUCACAAUCACUACGAUGUCUGCAGUAUCACCCUGGAAGGAUGGCACCAUGGAGUUUCUGCUGGACUUUUUGGCACCAAUGACAAUGAAGCUGGAAAUGAUCUGCUUCUUCCAGACCACACUCGUGCAAACAGCACACACGACUUUUCACUAAAAUGGCAGGUUGACAGUCAGUGUAGUUCUGGAAGAAAGAAGGUGAAGGCCUGUACUACAGCUCCCCAUCAUAAGCUAUGUAAAGCUUUAUUCCAAGGAGGCCAGUCUGUGCUCAGGAACUGCUUUAAAGUGGUUCAGCCUGCUCCAUUUUAUAGAAUGUGUAUAGAAGAUAUUUGUGAUUCCAAUGAGAUUAAGCCUAUCUGUAACCUGGCGGCUACAUAUGUCCAUUUAUGUAAUAGAAACUUUGUUCCUAUAGAAAUGCCCUCCCAAUGUGUGUGAAGCGUGCCACAUCCACAGGAGCAGUGGUGACCGACACAUCUAAGAUGUAUAGUAUCUGAGGAGUAAUAGCACACAAAUAUGUGACCAUUGUAAAAUCUUGUAUUCACCUAAGCUGAUAAAAACUAGUUCCGAACUAACUAGAUCCAAAACAGGGUAUUAAAAACUGAAUGUAUGGAGCAGUUUACAUGUCUGCCCAUGUUCUGCUGUAAGUAACGUGAAUUUAUUUUUAAUAAAGAGGAUUCUUGUUUCA